CUCGUCCGGGUCUCGCCAUGCUCGCCAAGUCGCUCGCCGCCGCGGUCGCCGUCGCCGCUCUCUUCGGCUCGAGCUGCGCCGCUCCCCUCGUCGCGCCCGCAAAGUCCGCCGUCCAGCUCGUCGAGCGCGACCGCGGCUCUGACUUCAACGUCACGUACUCGAGCAACUACACCGAGCACCUCCCUCGCACGCUCAUCAUCGCGACCGGCGGUACGAUCGCUGGAUCCUCGGCCGACAAUACCGACACGACGACAUACACUGCUGGGACCGUCGGCAUCGAGCAGCUCAUCGUCGCCGUGCCCGAGCUCCUCAACGUCAGCAACGUCGACGGCAUUCAGUUCUCGAACAUCGCGUCCGAGUCAAUCUCGGACGGCAUGGCGCUCAACCUGAGCAAGCUCGUCAACGAGGCGCUGUGCUCGAACGCCUCGAAGUGGGACGCCGCCGUCAUCACGCACGGCACCGACACGCUCGAGGAGACGGCCUUUUUCAUCGACGCGACCCUCCAGUGCGACAAGCCCGUCGUCGUCGUCGGCGCCAUGCGCCCCUCGACCGCCAUCGGCGCCGACGGCGGCAACAACCUGCUCUCGGCCGUGACGACGGCCGUCACGCCGGCCUCGCGCAACCGCGGAACGCUCAUCGUCCUCAACGACCGCAUCUGCCAGGCCCUCUACUGCCAGAAGACGCAGGCCAACACGGUCGACACGUUCAAGUCGCCCGAGCAGGGCUUUAUCGGCACACUCCUGUCGACCAAACCCGUGUACUACUCGACGCCGUCGCAGCCGACGUUCAAGCGCGUGUACGACCUGUCGAACGUCACGUCGCUGCCGCCUGUCGAGAUCCUCAUCGGGUACCAGGGCGCCGACCUCGCGCUCAUGGACGUUGCCGUGAGCGGCGGCGCAAAGGGCAUCGUCAUCGCCGGCGUCGGGUCGGGGUCGGUGUCCGAGACGGGCAAGGACCACGUCGCCAAGGCGGUCGAGCAGGGCGUGCCCGUCGUGCGCUCGACCAAGAUCAACGUCGGUGCCGUCCCCUCGCCGGCCUACGCCAACACGAUCGCCGCCGGCCUGCUCAACCCGGUCAAGGCGCGUCGCCUGCUCCAGAUCCUGCUCGCGCUCGGCAAGUCGAACGACGAGGUCAAGCAGGCGUUCGAGGAGCAGCUGCAGGGUUUCCUCACGCUCGACCUGAAGAAGCACUACUAGAUAUAGAGGAGGCGGAUACAGGGUGGGUAGACUGGCGGGCAGUGCGUCGAGUGACGACGGAAAAGGAGCGCAGCGCGCUCGUUCCUCUCUUUC